AUGCAAAACAUACUUCAAGCAAACUUGAACCCGGCCAGUCAUAUUCUUCAAGGCCAUAUCUGUGCCACGUUUGGCUCGGAAGAGGCUCGUCUGUACUGGCAGCGCGUAUUAGGCCUCGACACUGCGAACCUGUACCCGGCAACGAACGGGAAUGGUGAACGCAGGAUCAUGCUACCGAGCUCACCUCAGAGUCCGGCACCUCCCCAUGCUCUGCCUGGCAUCCCAGGCUGUUGGGUGGUGGACUACAUGCCCCUAUUCCACCUUGGCCCCAUUGUGAGGCAGCAGCCAUACGUGCCCACUGGGACACACGACCAAGUUGCGCCGCAUUACCAAGGGCUUCGCGCCCCGAUCUGGUUUAUCAAGAACAAUGGGACGCUCGGUAUAUCGCUAGUGGAUGCCAUAGGCGGCAGAGCCGAUACCCUUCUUUGGGAAAGCCAGAGCAAAGUGCAGGGGACUAGAGCAGUGAACACCCACUUCACCAUAAGGUGGCCCUAUUACGGCGAGUUCUCAAAGUUGGUUAACUUGUACGAUAGCCGGCGGGAGUUUCAUGUCAAGUACGGGCAGCUUGCUAGGAAAGUGGCUAAUUUUAUGGGGAGCUUCCUGGAGGAAGCUGCACAGCAGCCGGGCAAUCACGCUUGGGUCGUACAGAAUACCGACCACUUCAUGGCGAGGAUCUUGAUAGUUGGCUUGGUUCAAGUUACCGCUGGCCACUAUCAGCCGAUCAUACAGCUAUGCCACGGUGAUGCCAGGCUUUGGUAG